AUGAUGAGUAGCGGAAUGCUGAUCUCAUGGCAGACUGUUCUGCUUGGAAUCCUUGCUAAUGCGAUCCUGCCGUGGGCAUUGGAAUUGCGUGCCGGGAGAAGUUCAUACGACGAGUUCCGCACACAUUAUGGACGCGGCGAACUGAGUGAUGACUAUGAGCUGCGGCUAGGGCUCUUCAACCAGCGCGUCUCCACUGUGCGUCAGAUAAACAGCCAGGAGGGCAGUUGGAAGGCAGAGAUCAACGAAUUCGCAGACUACACGCAGGAGGAAUUUCAAUCUUUGCUCGGCCAUCGACGGCUGCAUCGUGGUAGCACGAACUUCCUCCAGCUGCAGUCGCGUGUGACGCAGACAAGUGUACGCGCGCUCGGAUGGCCUAGCUUGGGAGCCUCACUGUGGAGGAUGGCAGAGCUGCUUGAAACCCGUUCCGGUACGCUUCCUCCGGGUCUACCAGAGUCUGUCGACUGGCGGAGCCAACUGAACUCCAGCAGCUUUGUCAAAGAGCAGGGCACCUGCGGAUCCUGCUGGGCUCUGGCAGCCGUCGGGGCUUUGGAAAUGCAUGCAGAGAUCACCAGCAAGCGAUUGCCGUCAGAACUCUCCGUGGAUCAGCUCCUCGAUUGCGUCGCGAAUCCACAACACUGUGGUGGCCUGGGCGGCUGUGAUGGCGCCAACUCCGAACUGGCCUUCGAGUAUGUGCGACAGCACGGUUUGUAUAGCAGCGCGUCCUACGACGGCACCAAGAAGGGCGAGAGCUGCGCAGGCAGAGCGAGGCAUCCCUACGUGCAGCUGCAAGGCUUUGUUCGCCUUCCCACGAACAAGCUGGACUCAGUGCUGCAAGCGCUUGCAAGCAGAGGUCCACUCGUAGUCGGGGCGGAUGCGUCCCGGUGGGAUGUCUACGGCCACGGAAUCUUCGAUGGCUGCGAUCGGGAUGCCACGAUUAACCACGCCGUGGUCUUGGUAGGCUAUGGCCGGGACAUUCUGGGUAAAGACUAUUUCCUGAUUCGAAACUCGUGGGGCAAGGCUUGGGGCGAAGAUGGAUACAUGCGUUUACUGCGGCUUUCCAGUGAUCAGGGCGAACAGGGCCACUGCGGGCUGGAUCGCAAGCCCCAGGAAGGAGUUUGGUGUGAAGGCGGUGCGCCACAAGUGCCUGUGUGCGGCAUGUGUGGCAUUCUGUCCGAUGCCACUCAUCCCAACACAGUCACGAUUUCAGAUUGGCCCUGA